AUGUUAUUAAUUUGGCCACACACACAACUCGUUUCUUACACCAUGGAUUUAUUUGAGACAUGGGAAGAUCAAGAAAUCCAAUUUGAUUUAAGUAUUAGCAAAGCGUUGAAAAUGAGAAAUGGAGAAAAAAUAAUAGAUCGACUAGAAUUUAUUGAAGAUACAAAAGGAAAUAGUGGUGAUAAAGGUGUACUUGUUAUUACCAAUUUGAGAGCAAUCUGGCAUUCAAUGACUAUAGCAAGAAUAAGCUUAUCUAUUGGCUACAAUUGUAUACAGGAUAUUUCUACAAGAAUUGUAAACUCGAGAUUAAAAGGAAUAACAGAAGCAAUUUAUAUUCAAGCUAAAUACAAUGGAUUGAGGUACGAAUUUGUUUUCACAAAUUUAAUACCUGGUAACACAAGACAUUUCACAUCAUUUAUUGGAGUUUUCAAAGCUUAUAAUUCUAGUAGACUAUAUCGAGAAUUAAAACUUAGGGGAGCAAUAUUGAAGAAUGGACGUUUAAGGCUUUUGAUGUUCGAAAAAAUGUAUUCAGCUGUUAAUGGUGUAUGGAAUUUAUCUAGUGAACAAGGAAACUUGGGAACAUUCAUGAUCACAAAUAUUCGAUUAGUAUGGUAUGCUGAAAGUAAUGAGACAUUCAAUAUAUCACUUCCAUACAUUCAUAUAAAUUCAAUAAAAAUUAGGGAAUCCAAAUUUGGUGAAGUGUUGGUGAUAGAAACAAAUGGUUACAGUGGAGGCUUUACACUUGGAUUUCGAAUAGAUCCCAAGGACCGAUUACGAUCAGUUACUAAAGAACUAUCAUCAUUGUUUCGUAUUCAUUCUCAAGCGCCAGAAUUUGGAGUACAUUUUGUUACUACUGAACAGGUAGAAAAUAAUGAGCCCAUAACACUACCAACCCUUCCCAACUAUGAUGAGUUUGAAGACGAGAAUACAAUAGGUGUUUCAAAUACUUUGGCUGCAUAUAGUGUAAGUAAGACAGGUAAAGAAGAUGGACUACCACAGUAUGAUUCGUCGAUAGGUUUAGCUAUUGAAACAUUGCCAGAUGGUUAUACAAUGAAAUCUUUGUGGGAAGUUAUACCAAGUACCAAUAAUAAAUAA